AUGACAUUUAUCUUUGACUUUGACAUUUGGCUAAAAUCUUUUAGUUACAGUCAGCUUUGCCCUCAGUUUAUGUCAGUGUCAUUUCUGGGAUCCUUGAAAUUGUGCAUGAUCAAUAAUCUUACGAUUGUUCCAGUCUUGAUCCUGCUUUUCCUGCUCCUUCCCAGUGAUGCUUCAGCUGCUGCAGAACCAUAAUACCUAGUGCUGGUCCCAUCACACCUCUGCACUGGAGUUCCUGAAAAGACCUGUGUCAUCCUUAAUCACCUGAAUGAGACGGUGGCACUGAAAGUAACUCUGAUGUACAAAAUGCAGAAGAGGUCCCUCCUCACAGACCUGGUGACGAAGAGGAACUAUUUCUACUGCACUUCCUUCAUGAUUCCAGAAUUACCAUCUUCCUGGGUGGUCAUUGCUGUGGAGGUAGAGGGGGCAACUCUGCAUUUCACAAAGAGCAAAUCAAUAUAUACAACUACGGCAGAGAACCUAGUCUUUGUCCAGACAGACAAACCCAUAUACAAACCAGGACAAACAGUGAAAUUCCGUGUUGUCUCUAUGGAUGUCAAUUUCCACCCUUUGGAUGAAAUGUUUCCGGUGGUUUAUAUUGAGGACCCCAGGAAGAACCAAAUUUUCCAAAGGCAAAGUCUCAAAUUGCAAGGGGGACUCAACCAACUCUCUUUCCCGCUAUCAGUGGAGCCCAUUCUGGGUUCCCACAAGAUCAUGCUGCAGAGAGAGUCAGGGAAGAAAAUACAGCACUCAUUUGAGAUGAAUGAAUAUGUUUUGCCUAAAUUUGAGGUCCAAGUAACAAUGCCCAAGGUUAUUGGUUUUCUAGAUGAAGAAUUUGUGAUAACAACCUGUGCCUUGUACAGAUAUGGAGAGCCUGUCCCUGGUCUGGUGACACUUAGUGUAUGCAGAAGAUAUUCACUAUGCCGUUCCGACUGCCACAACACAUGUUCACGAAGUAUCUGUGAAGAAUUCAGUCAACAGGCAGACACUGAAGGAUGUUUCACACAACUUGUAAACACUAAAAUAUUUCAGCUGAGACAAAGGUAUGACAUGACGAUACAUGUCAAAGCGAAGGUCAAAGAGGAGGGAACCGGAUUGGAAUUAACUGGUCAUGGAUCAUAUGAAAUCACAGAUACCUUAAGGAUACUGAGAUUUACUAAAGUAGAUUCACAUUACAGAAGUGGACUCCCCUGGUAUGGACAGGUUCUUCUAGUCAAUGAAAACCAUCAGCCAAUCACCAACAAAACUGUAGAUGUUCAUGUGAAUACUAGAUACUAUUUCAGUGCAACUACUGAUGAGCAUGGUUUGGUGAACACUUCCAUGGACACCACCAACUACAUAUCACCUUUUCUCACAAUUUCAGUCAAAUACAAAGAGAGUAACAAUUGUUCUGAUAACUGGUGGCUUGAUGAAUUUCAUACGCAAACAUCUCAUACUGCAAAGCAUUUUUUUUCCCCAAGCAAGAAUUAUAUUCACCUCAAACCUAUUAUUGGUACUUUGACCUGUGGACAAACCCAGGAGAUUCAAGCACACUACAUCCUGAAUAAACAGAUUCUCAGGGAUGAAAAAGAAUUAACCUUCUACUAUUUGAUCAAAGCAAGAGGAAAAAUCUCCCAAUCAGGAAUCCACGUGUUAUCCAUUGAACAAGGAAACAUGAAAGGGGUGUUUUCCUUCUCCUUUCGAGUGGAAUCAGACUCUGCUCCUAGUGCUCAUCUGCUUGUUUACACUGUUUUACCUAAUGGAGAAAUUGUUGCAGACACUGACAAGCUUGAGAUUGACAACUGUUUUGCCAACAAGGUAAAUUUGAGAUUCUCCUCAGCUCAGAGCCUGCCAGCCUCAAACACCCGCCUGAAGGUGACAGCCACCCCCCUCUCCCUUUGUGCCCUCCGUGCUGUAGACCAGAGUGUGCUGCUAAUGAAGCCUGAAGCUGAGCUCUCACCUAAAUCUGUGAGUCCCGUUCCAACCUUGGAGAUCAUGAAAUGCUCACUAAAGAGUCCAUUUACGUUUAGAGCUGGAGGUCCUGCGGAUGAAUAUGAUGAAGAGUGCAACAACGCAAAAGACGCGACUCACAGCGGAAUCACUUCCACACCGAAGCAAGUCCCGGAGGGGGAUGACAUUUACAGUAUCUUCACGUCCAUAGGAUUAGAUAUUUUUACCAACUCAAAAAUCCAUAAGCCAACUUUGUGUCUACCACGAGGAUUGCGUAUCAGCAUAGUAGGAGGACCAGGUCUGCGAGGUGUACCCCCAGGAGCCGUAGAAAUAAUGUACCCAAUGAUCGAAGAAGAACCUCAGAUAUUGCAAGUGAAAGAGAUAGUCCGGAAGUACUUCCCUGAGACCUGGAUCUGGGAUUUGGUGGUAGUUGAUGGUGACCAGGUCCCUGAAACCAUCAUAGAGUGGAAGUCCAGAGCAUUCUGCUUGUCUGGAACCACAGGGUUUGGCCUCUCUCCUAUCGUGUCUCUUCAAGCCUUCCAGCCUUUCUUCCUAGAACUCACCCUUCCUUAUUCUGUGGUGCGAGGAGAAGCCUUCACACUCAAAGCCACUGUGUUUAACUACUUGUCCACCUGCAUUCGGGUCGUUGUGCAGCUGGAGGUCUCUUCCGCUUUCCUGGCUGUUCCAACAGAGAAGAAUGAAGAAUCUCACUUUGUCUGUAGAAAUGGGCGGAAAACCGUGUCCUGGGUUGUGACUCCGAAGUCACUGGGAAAGGUGAAUUUCACAGCCACUGCAGAAGCCAUGCAUUCUCAGGAAGUGUGUGACAAUGAGUUGACUGACGUCCCACCACUUGCGCAGAAGGACACUGUGGUCAAGCCCUUACUAGUUGAGCCUGAAGGAAUAGCAAAGGAGGAAACUUUCAACACGCUGCUCUGUGCAUCAGAUACUGGAGUACCUGAAAAGGUGUCACUGAAUGUUCCUUCAAAUGUGGUUGAAGGAUCUCCAAGGGCAACAUAUUCAGUUUUAGGUGAUAUACUAGGCUCUGUAGUGCAAAACCUUCAGAACCUUCUUCAGAUGCCCUGUGGUUGUGGAGAGCAGAAUAUGGUCCUUUUUGUCCCUAACAUUUAUGUUCUAAACUAUCUAAAUGAGACACAACAGCUGACAGAGAAGAUCAAGGCCAAAGCCACUAGCUACCUCAUCAGUGGGUACCAAAGGCAAUUGAAUUAUAAGCACAGAGAUGGUUCCUACAGCACCUUUGGGGACAAUGAUGGUAGCAGUCAGGGAAACAAGAGGCUCACUGCAUUCGUGCUCAAGUCCUUUGCUCAAGCCCAAUCAUACGUCUCUGUGGAGAGCUCACACAUCAGGGAUGCCCUCACCUGGCUUUCACAGGGACAAAAGGCAGAUGGUUUUUUCAAAGGCUCUGGAUCAUUGCUCAACAAUGCCAUUAAGUCUCUCUGCCUCUGAUCCUUACACGGUGGGGUGAACGAUGAGGUGACAUUCUCUGCCUACAUCACCAUUGCUUUGCUGGAGAUGCCUCUGCCUGCCACUCAUGCAGUGGUCUGCAGUGCCCUAUCCUGCCUUGAAACGGCCUGGAGCUCCACCUCAGAGGACCAAGGAAGUGCUGUCUAUACCAAAGCGUUGUUGGCCUAUGCCUUUGCCCUAGCAGGAAACAAAGUCAAGCGAAGAGAGUUGCUUGAAUCAUUAAACAGAGAGGCUGUGAAAGAAGAGGAUUCGAUCCACUGGCAACGUCCUGGGAAACUUCACGAAGCUAAGAUCCUCUAUUCUCAACCCUGGGCUCCCUCUGCGGAAGUAGAGAUGACAACUUAUGUGCUCCUUACCUAUCUUACUGUCCAGCCUGCCCCAUCUUCAGAGGACCUGUCUGUGGCAUCACGUAUUGUGAAGUGGAUUACCAAGCAGCAAAAUCCCCAAGGGGGCUUCUCCUCCACUCAGGACACAAUGGUGGCUCUUCAAGCACUCUCCAAAUAUGGAACAGCAACUUUCACUAAAAGUGAGAAAGCAGCUUUGGUCACCAUCCAGUCUUCAGACACCUUUUCUAAAGACUUCCAAGUAGAUGAUGGCAACCGCCUAGUGCUGCAGGAGGUCCGGUUGCCAGAGGUUCCAGGGGAGUACAGCACAACCAUGUCAGGGUCGGGAUGUGUGUACCUACAGACAUGCCUGAGAUAUAACAUCCUUCCCAAGAAAGAAGGGAAAACACCCUUUGCUCUGCAGGUUAAUACUCUCCCCACAAAUUGUGAUGGAAUGGAUGCUCACAGAACGUUCCAGAUUCACAUCAACAUUAGUUAUACUGGGGACCGACCCAGUUCCAACAUGGUCAUUGUUGAUGUGAAGAUGGUAUCAGGCUUCAUACUUAUGAGAGCAUCAGUUAAAAAGCUCCAGAAACAGCCUCAGAUUCAGAGGACUGAAGUGAGCACCAACCAUGUCCCAAUCUACUUUGAAAAGCUAACCCAUCAAACCCUGCAUUUUUCCUUCUUUGUGGAACAAGACAUCCAAAUAAAGAAUUUAAAACCAGCUACAGUAGAAGCCUAUGAUUAUUAUGAGACAGAUGAAUUCACCUUUGAAGAAUACAAUGUCCCUUGCAGUGCUGGUAAAGUAUAA